AUGGGCUCUUGUCUGGGCAGCGUGCGCGGGGGCGGCGGCGGGCGCGCCUGCUUGUCGGCGCCCGCAGCGGCGUGCUUGCGCGCGUGCGUCGCCAGGUUGCUGGCGGCCGCGAACGUCUUGGGGCAGUGCGCGCACGCGAACGGCCGCUCGCCCGUGUGCGUGCGCGUGUGCGUCGCCAGCUCGCUCUUGCGCGCGAACCGCUUGCCGCACUGCACGCAGCAGAAGGCGCGCGCCUCGCGCGGCGCAUGCGUCGACGCGUGCUGGCGCAGGUGGCCCGCCUGCGUGAAGCGCGCGCCGCACGUCGUGCACGCGAACGGCUUCUCGCCCGUGUGCGUGCGCGCGUGGUUGUCGCGCGCGCCGCGGUGCGCGAACGCGCGCCCGCAGUGCGGGCACGGGAACGGGCGGUCGUCGGGCGUGUGCGUGCGCUCGUGCGCCGUCAGGCUGCCCAGCCACGCGAACAUAGAUAGAAAAAAACCCUAG